GAGAUUGUAUUCCGACUCGGAACACAAUAGCAUCACGUACCCCGCAACAUGAAACUGGUCCUCAUAUUAGCUGUGGUGGCUUCAGCGUCGGCGGCGCGCCUCGACCACCUUACGGGCGGCGCCAGCAUCGGCGAAGCCACGCGUUUUGAGAAUGUCAACGAUGGCGCCGGCAACUACCACUUCAGCUACGAGACCCCGAAUGGCAUCAGCGCGCGCGAGAGCGGGGCCCCGCGUGCGGCGGGGCCCGAGGGCCCGGCGGUGACGGCCGAGGGGGCCUUCUCGUUCCGCACGCCGGACGGCCAGCAGGUGUCGCUGACGUACACGGCUGAUGAGAACGGCUUCCACCCUGUGGGCUCGCAUCUGCCUACCCCACCGCCUAUUCCGGAGGCGAUUCUUAAAGCGCUGGAAUUUAACAGGCAGAAUCCUUCUUCGGAUGAUGGUUCUUACAAUGGGGGUCGAAACUCUUUCCGUUUUUAAACCCUAACCUUGGAUCUUCAAGCAAUGAUGCGUGCAGCGUGUGACCUCAUAAUAUGCAUGGACUGUGAUAACGAAAUAUUUAUAUUGUAGUUUUGUAAGUAACUUAAAGCAAAUGAACAAAUAAACCGCAGUUUUACAUAA